GAGACAAGUAAACUAAGAAAGAAGCCUAUUUUAUUGUCCAUUUUUUGUUAUAGGAUGGAAAAACGCGUCUUUGGAAAACUUGACUCAAUCAAGUCCCGAACUACAGGCAUACAUUUUGAAAAAUUAUAUUAUUCCACCGUCGCCAUUUAGAGAUAGUCGUAAUGGUGUUGAUUGGACUCCGCUUUACCCCACGGACACAUCCAAACAGCAGGAAGUGGUCAAGUUUGUAUUGGCUCUGUUCUCUCGAAAGAAAAAUGGAACUUUUAUCGAGGCGGGUGCAAAUGAUGGAGAAUUUUAUUCUAACACGAUGCUGCUCGAGAGAUAUUUUGCCUGGAGUGGGGUUCUGAUUGAGGGGGAUCCACGACCGUUGAAAAAAUUGACUGAUCGAAACAGGGCCGCAUUCAUUGCAAAAUGCUGCCUCUCGACGACAAUCCGCCCAAAAGUGAUGACAUUUCUCAGACAUCAGACGGGCGAAGGGCUCACUUUCAUCCGGGGCAAAAGACAUUUUAUUGGUGGAGAGGACAAAUAUCAACCUUUCGAAUCGCAAUGUUUCCCCAUCUACGCCAUCCUCUCGGCCUUGAAUUUGACCACUGUCGACUACUUUAGCUUGGACAUUGAAGGGGCUGAGUUGGAUGUUUUGAAAACCAUCCCAUGGAACAAAGUAUUGAUCAAGGUCUUUUCCAUUGAGGUUCAUGCUGCCUAUGUCACCCCGUGAGGAUGUACAUGAUUGGUGAGGCUGGCUACAAAUACAUCACAUUUAUAAAAAACGGAUAUUCUCAUGAUCAGAUCUACGCUCACAAGUCCAUCAUAGAGGAACUGGACCAGAGAGUUGUGGCUGGAUAACUUUUUGAGCUACGUGUAAUUAGGAAUGCGGCUAUAAAAUAGUUAAUUACUAAAAAUAGUCAAUUACAUAAAAUAGGUAAUUUACUUGUUUUUACUCAUUUUUCGUUAUUGUAACUUAUUUCUCUGUAUCUACAACGUCAAGCUUAAAAGAGCACGGGAGAAAUUCUGGUGACUCCCUUCCACAUUCUGAUGUGUAAUGUCUGUAUUUAAAUGGGCAAAUUGCUUUAAAAUUCACUGUCUCCGUUUAACAAUUCUAGUCGAGUCUAGUACUUGUUUCAACCCUGUAUACAUUUGUUAAUAUUAUAUCAUGAAAAUGUCUAUGAAAUUGUAAUUUAAAUGUUUAGUGAUUGUGAAUUAGUAAAGUUGAAUUUCCGUGGGUUUUACAUAUGCUCAAUAUUUUUUUUAUCAACAUAAGGAGAACAAAUUUAAAUUUGUAUUUUAUUAGCACUACGAUUUUUGACUACGAAACCAUCCCGAAACCAUCCUGAAAUCAAACGCAAUGAAAUUAAUAAAGCUUAAUCCUGCAAAAUAAAACAAACUCUAAUAAACUGCUAUGAAAUGAAUUUUCAAUAAUUUUGUAAAAAAAA